AAAAUGCUGAAUUUACGGAAAAGAGUGGACAUCACGAGGAGGCUAGCUCAUACUUUCAGAUGCUUCAGUACGUCUGAGUCUGAUUUUACUGUGAAGGAAUUGGGCGAUGGAGUCACUGAGUUCUUGCUUGACCGCCCAGCUAAGCGGAACGCACUCUCUAAACUUCUAAUUGCUCAAUUCGAGGAUGCGAUUAAGGAAGUUAACUCUACGAAGGAUACUAGAGUUAUUAUUCUCAGAAGUUCAGCCCCAGGAAUGUUCUGUGCCGGUGCUGACUUAAAGGAGAGGAAAAGCAUGACUCCUUUAGAGGGAGAAAACUUCGUCAAAACUCUUAGAAGACUUUUCCAUGAAUUCUCAAGAAUCCAAUGCCCAACUAUUUCCUUAGUUGAUGGAGCUACUCUUGGAGGAGGAAUGGAACUUGCACUUUCAAGUGAUAUUAGAGUUUCAACUGAAAAAGCCAUUCUCGGAUUUCCAGAGACAAGUCUUGCCAUUAUUCCUGGAGCUGGCGGUACCCAGACACUUCCUAGAAUAGUCGGAGAGGCUGUAGCUAAGGAGCUAAUUUUCACUGCAGAAAGGAUUUCUCCAGAGAGAGCACUCCAACUAGGGCUAGUUAAUCAUGUUGAGAAAGAUUUUGAUUCAGCUUACAAGAAAGUUCUCGAAAUUGCUAACAAAAUCUGCUCAAACGGCCCCAUCGGCGUGCAAAUGGCAAAGCAGGCUAUUUCUCAAGGAAUUGAAGUAAGCAAGGAGUCAGGAUUGAAGAUUGAAGAGAUGUGAUAUGCUCAAGUCCUUCCCACAGCUGAUAGACUUGAGGGACUCAAAGCAUUUGCAGAAAAGAGGAAGCCAGUUUAUAGAGGAGAAUAAAUAUCCGGAUAUCAAUAUUCAAUACUAA